UCCAAAAGUCAGCCAUGACAGCACGACGACGAGAAAAGUCUGCAAAAGUCAGAAAUGUUCGCAAUCGGAGUAUUUGAGUGAAAAUUGUGAAUUUUGUGGUGUUCAACAUUUGCUGCAAUUACUGUUUUGUGAUUAUGUGCUUAUGACAACGACCGAGUAACGAAUUCUAAUGGAUACAUUUCGUAAAUGGUUAAACAAACCAAAAGCGGAUGAUAAGUCCAUUUUGGCGAGAUUCUAUCAUGCGGACCGAGCUCUUACAGCAGUUGCCAGUGAGUUGGACAGUUUCGAUGGUAGAGCCGAGCCUGAAAGAUGUUCUCGUUUAGUUGGACGCUUGCGGCAAGGACAAGAUAAAGUUCUCGCCAUAACGCAUCAGAUAAUGGACGAAUUGCUGGGAGAAGAUCGUGCACCGCGAGCAUUUCGGGCGAAAUUCCCUGAAGAGGUGCUUCAGGAGAGUUUGGCGGGUCAAUUGUGGUUUGGUGCUGAAUGUCUGGCAGCUGGAUCGUCAAUUCUCAAUCGUGAGGCGGAGAGUACGGAGAUGCGACCGCUGGCCAAAGCUGUGACGAAGAGUUUGGACAAUGUGAGAAAUCUGUUGCGAGAGCAGUGCCUUCGAAAUAAUACACCAAAUUCACCCACGCUAAAUUUAAACAUAAACGACGUGGCGACGGAGACUCUGUGCGAGAGUCUGAAGAUAUUUGAUAGACUAUUUGCCGAAUUUGAGUUCAGAUAUGUGAGCGCAAUGGUGCCGGUGAAGAGCAAGCAGGAGCAUGAGAUGCAGGAGAUGAUUUGCGUGCUGUUCUCGGAGACUGUGCAGCGGGCGCUGAAGAUUGGAUUGCUGGAGCAGGAGCAGGUGGACUCAUUCGAUCCCGCCCUGAUGUUCUCAAUACCGCGACUGGCCAUCAUCACGGGUCUCGUGAUCUACGAUCGUGGGCCGCUGAAUAUGAAUAUGCCGGCGGAGCAGUUGUCGGAGAUGUUCAGGCCAUUCAGGACAUUGCUCAUCAAGAUUCGUGAUCUAUUGAGGACGUUGAACAAGAGUGAACUGUACCAGUUGGAGAAGCUGCUAUGCACCAAUGAGGACAUCCACUUGAAGUGUGACUUUAACUGUGAUGACGAGAAACUUAUGCGUGGUGAUGAGGAACUAGUGAUUAGUGAUUGUUGUAGCAAAGAGAAACUCCCGACCUUCUAUUCUGUGGUCAAUGAGGAUGAGUCUGGGAGUGAAUGGCACUCGUCCGAGGAGGACAGAGAUGACACCGUGGCGUCAAUUGGCAAGGAGGACAGCGCAGAUUUGCCAAACGAUGCUCCUCUCACUGACAGUUUCAUCUCCAGUGACGACGAGUUCACUGUGCGACCGGCUCAGAGUGGAGCCACUGAUGAGGAGGGCAAAACUGAGGGCACAACUGAAGCUGGACAUGAUGGCCAGAGACGCGAUGGAGACUCGGGCAUUGGGACAGAGAACACAAGUCUGGAUCGAACGCCAGAUUCGGAGACGCAGAAAGUGGAGAAUGAAACGGCAUCCGUUGUGCCAUUGACUGAGCGAUAUUCGGAGAAUUGGGAGGAAUUGGAGCGCCAGAAGCAUGAGCAGCAGCCAAGCUGUAGUAGAUUUACAUCGGGCUCCUCUGGUGAGGACAAAACACAGCCGGCUGGCACGAGUCAGUCGCAAUCGCAGCAUAUCAGCACCAUAAAGAAACACAAAGUUAACAGUAGCGGAGCACGAUCUUCACGUUCACAACGAUCAAGUCGCCGGACUGCCACGUCGGGAGCGUCCACCUCGGCUCCGGCCAAUGGGAACUACCUGCGACGCUGUGUCGUCUACGCGUCGCCGGGACUGCGGGCGCGAUGCCCGGACAACACGUCGUCGAGCAGCAGCGGUGACACGUCGUCGUCGCAAUCCGAUGGAGACUCGCAUGAGAUUGCGCUGGCUUUGAGGGCCGCUGGCAGGAUGAAAUUUAAGAGCGUGGAAAAUCUUCUUCAUCGUCUCUUUGUUUGCAUCGCUGGCGUGGCUGAUCAACUGCAGACGAAUUUUGCAUCGGAUUUGCGUCAAAUACUGCGGAGUGUCUUUCUUAUGAAUGAAUCGCCGCCGCCGAAGGAGGAGAUCAUACCAAAUGUGCAGGAGAAGCCGAAGGAUGCCAACGAUCUGUUUGAGUUUCGCGCCAGCGAGAGCGACGUCGUGGUGCAGACGAAUGGGGGCUCAAACCAAAGCAUUUACUCGGCCGAGGAGGUCAAUCCGGAGCUGGACAGUGUGUUCGAGGGCACGCGCGAGGGCGCCACGACGGCGCGCAGUGCCAGCGAGGAGAUUGACACGACGAGUGUGGUGGGGCGAGCGGGUGUGGAGAGGAGUCACAGUCUGGGCGAGAGUCCCACGGACAGUUCCACGUCCAGCGCCGCCAGCCGCCACAGUCACUCGAUGCAGGAGCCCGCGGGCGACACCGUGAGCCCGAAGCGCAUCAAUGUGAUCGUGAGUGACGAUGGCGGACAGAAUGCGCGCAGCUGCAGUGCCGGGAAUUCGCCGGUGGCGGUGCCAAGGACGCGCUCGUACUCCUCCAGCGAUCAUCUGCCCGUGGCGACGCGCCCCGAGCGCCCGCCACGGUGGAUUCCGGACGAGGAGGCGCCGCGCUGCAUGGCCUGCAGCGCCGUCUUCACUGCCUUCCGGCGUCGCCAUCACUGCCGGUGCUGCGGCAAAGUGUUCUGCGGCGUCUGCUCCAACUCAUCCGCCCCGCUGCCCAAGUUCGGACUCACCAAGGCCGUCCGCGUGUGUCGUGCGUGCUUCGUGCGCGAAGUGGGCACCGUAUAG